AUGGCUAAGCAAAUGCAAGUAUCUGCAUCUCAAACCAUUGAACUAGUUAGACAGUCAAGAGGUUCACUACCUUCAUUACAAACAGAAGAAGCUAAAUCAAAUUCAACAUAUCGAUACUUUACUCCUCUAAUACCUUCCAAAUCCCAAUAUGCAUCUUCUGAUUUAGAUAAUAAUAAGGAUGAAGAAGAUGGAUAUAAUAAGAAAGAGAAUAAAUUGCAUGCUCCAUCUUAUCCAGAAAAAAUAUCAAAAUCAGAUGAAUGGUUUUUGUCAUUGCAAUACUUGCAUUGUAAUAUAAAUAAUCUAUUGAUCACUAAUUCAUUUUUAGAUAGCAUGAGUAAAUUCGGAGGAGGUAAUUCCAAACAUAUAUUCAAAUCAUUAAGAUGGUAUACAGAUAUGCCAAUUAGUGUAAAGGACAAAGAUGCUAAGAUUGUUACAGCUACUGGAAAUUUUGCUUGUAUUAAUAAUGAUAAACCUGAACCAAUGUUAUGUUUAGGUAUAACAUGGAUUCGAAAAGUUCAAGGUAUUUUUGAUCCAAAUAAAAAUCAAUUUCAAAUGAAGUUAUAUAGGAAGACUUACACUAUCCCAACUUUUAGCAAGGCUACAGAGGUUAAUGAACCAAAGCAACAAGUUUCAGAUAUGUAUGAUAGUGAGAAUUUAAAAAAAAAUAUGACUUACUUAAAAAGCAAAGACGGGCAUAUAGAAGCUAAUCUUUCAGCAUCUUUUAUUAAUUUUUCAAGAUCUGCUUUUCUUCUAGAUGUAUCGAACAAAGUUUGUGCACACUGUGGUUCUUUGAACCUAUCUUUAGAAGAGAUUACUCACAAAGAUAUUUCUCUUAAAGAAUCUAAGAUUAAAAGAAAAGAUCUCCUGUCUAAGAUAAAAAUAUUGGAAACAAAACUAUCUUCAACUCAAAAUAAAUCAAAGAAAAUUACAGCACUUCAGUUUAUGAAAAAAAUACUAGAAAGUAAGUUAGAAUCAGCUCAAAAGGAUGCAUUCUUAACUCAGAAAGAGAUAAAAACAAAAAAUAUAUUGGAUCCUGUAAUUAGGGAAGGUACAGAAAAAAAUACACAGAAUAAGGAACAAAGUUUCAUAUCAAAUUCUGGAGACACAUCAGAGAAAUCAGAGAUUCAAGGCUAUGCCUCAUCUAAAAGUCUUGCAAAAUAUUUUAAAAAAUCAUUAAUUCAAGAUAUUACAAUAGAAGGAACAGUAUGUGCUGACAAGGCUUUAGUUAAUGAUAAUAAUAUUUUUCAUCAAACCUCGCCUUCUCGUUUUUUGAACUCGAAGCCAGAUUAUACUCAUUAUAUAACUGCCUCUGGCAAUUUGUUUUCUGAAAUAUAUAAACCAACUAUGAACAAACAAAAUAAAAUGAAUUAUCAGAAAAAAGAAAUUGUUUAUCCAAUUUAUAAAAAUCAUAAUAUAGACAAAGCUAAUAAACAUGUUGCAUCUCAUUGUCAAUCUCAUCUAGCUAGCCCAACAUGGCCCUUUAGAAUGAUAGUUACAGAAAAAAGUGGAUCAGAUGGUAGAAGAUAUAUUUCUUGUGAUGAUUUAAUAGUUUGUGGUUAUCAUUCUGACAAGCCAAAAUGGGUAUUUGUUAGAUAUAUAUAUGGCAUAAUUUCAAAAGACCCAAAAGCAUCUUACUAUGAAAAUAUAUGA